AUGCCACUCAUCAACAACAAAGUGGGUGACGAUGGCACUACCAGUUCACCAAAGACUCUGGAAGAGGGGAAGGUUCUUAUCGACUCACUCAUAAAGGUGGUGGCAUGUUACCGCCACCUGGCCUCGUGUGUGGGUGGGUGCACGGACAGCUUGCACCUGCGUGACGAGCUGCGGCUAACGCGGGAGAAGGCCCAGAAGUUAGCGGUGGCCAGCCGUCACCACCUCACGGCACGGCUACGGGAUAAGACACUGCCCCAGGAGGAGAGACAGGAGAUGGAACUGCUCUGGGUGGCCUUCACCUCCAGUCUGGAACUCCUCCACGCAGACAUGUGCAAAGUCUUCAACAUGGGUUCCAACUUCUCCCUGAUCAAUAACAACACCUUAGUGCAGACUGGCAUACAAGGGGAAACCAGCGAGGUGACAGCGCGGGCCCUCAGCCUGGCAGACCUGACCCGCGCCGAGGACCAGGUUCCUGCCAUCCUGGAGGAUCUGGAGCAGAGCCAGCUGGAGGAGGAGAUCGCCCAUGUGGAUGUCAUGCUGGAGGACAUGGAGGAGAAGGUCAACGUCCUGCGUUGGAUGGUGGAGGCCCGCGGGCCCCAGUACGUCGAACCGGCCAGCACGGACAGCGCCUCGUUGGGCCUCUUGUCCACGGACGAGGAGGCAGGUCCCCAAAGUCAGCAGUGCUGCGAGCGCAGCCAGGUUUUCAUGGUGCUGGUGCUGUGCAGCGUGGCAGUGGUGAUGGUCGUGCUGUCCGUCUGCGUGGUCUAUCUCUCAUGA